UUGAUCCCCGAUACCGAAGUUCUGCCCCUGAUCGGCGCCAAGGAAGGCAUCGGCCACGCCGCAUUUUGCUUCCUGGAUCCGGGGGAUAUUGCGCUGGUGCCUGACCCGGCGUAUCCGGUGUACGCGGUGGGCACGAUGUUCGCCGGCGCCGAGUCCCACGUUAUGCCGCUUUAUCAACGCAACGGCUGGCUGCCUGAAUACGACGCCAUCCCCGAUGACGUGGCGCGAGCCGCCAAGCUGAUGUGGCUGAACUAUCCCAACAACCCAACCAGCGCGGUGGCGUCCCAGGAAGACCUGGAAUCGGCGAUGCGGUACUGUCGGGAUCACGACAUUGCGCUUUUGCACGACGCUGCCUACUCCGAGGUUGGGUAUGACGGCUACCGGGCCGGCAGCCUGCUGCAACUGGACGGUGCGAAGGACAUUGGCCUGGAGUUUCACUCACUGUCCAAGUCCUACAACAUGACCGGUUGGAGGAUGGGCAUGGCCGUCGGCAACGCUGACAUGAUAAAGGCGCUGUUCCAGAUCAAGGCGAACCUGGACUCCGGCGUGCCGCAGGCGAUUCAGGAAAUGUCCAUGGAGGCGCUCACCGGCCCCCAGGACUGCAUUGACGACAACGUGGCCAUCUACAAAUGGCGUCGGGAUCGGAUGAUCCAGGCACUGGCCAAGAUGGGUCUGGAAGUCGAGGUGCCGCGGGCCAGCCUGUACGUUUGGGCGCCGGUGCCGGCCGGAUUCACCUCCGCCGAGUUCGCCGCGCGGUUGCUGGAAGAUAUUGAUAUUGUGGUUACCCCCGGCUCGUCUUACGGGCAGUACGGCGAGGGCUACAUCCGGUUGUCAUUGACCACGCCCAACGAACGGGUGGAAACCGGCUGCCAACGUCUGGAAAACUGGAUUAUCCCGUCUCCCAGCGCCUGA